CAAAGUCGCAUGCUAGUUACUUAUUUUAGCGCAACGUCAUGUGACGAAUAAUAUAAAUUAAAUAAAUUAAGUUUUUUGUACAAGUCACUGUGUAAUAUCUUUAUCUAGUAUUACAAUUGUGAGUGAAAUGUUUCAUUGAUGUGGCACGUAGUGGUGAAAAAUGUUCCCAUAUUUCUUGUACAUGUGACAUUUGUUUCCACGUGGUGAACGUCAGAACUAGUCGACGUGUUAAAGGACCUCGCUACAUUUUAAGUUCUUGACCGCAUUUUUACGUUGAAAUGGAGUCCUUAAACAUGUCCAAGCUCAACUUGUCGAGUGUUAGGAGCCACACAUCCAAAGAAAAUGGGUCAAAAGCCGAGUCAAGCGACUCAAGAUUCGAUCCCAAUCCAAUAACAGAUCCUGAUGAUGAAUACCACUGCGAGUAUAAGGAGGAGAUAUGGAAGAGCCUGCUGGAACAGGAAUCGAAGAAGCCGACAAUCCAUCUACAGUCUCCACAGUUGGAAUUCCGCGGCACACUUGUCCAGCUCCUCCGUGAUGUCUCCAAGAAGCUGUCGCUCACUAUUGCAACUCUACACGCGGCGGUGGCUCAACUCGACCUGUUCAUGGAUGCGCAUCGAUUGAGAUCAGAUCGGCUGACACAUGUUGCACUGGCUUGCCUGAGCCUUGCUGCAAAAAGCGAGGAAAAAGUCAGCCGGGCGCCAUCCCUAAAGACCCUAUCGAAGAUCAGUGGGGUUCAAUUGUGCGGGAAAACGUUCAGGCAGCUGGAAUGGAUGGUGGGCCAGCAUGUACGGUGGCGGCUGCUGGCCCCGACCCCGGCGACGUUUGCGGCGCUUCUGGCACAGUACGUGGUCACGGAUGCCGACCUCACCACGAGGCAUCCGAAGUUCGUGAGGCGGUUCAAACGGGACGGCGCUAAGUUGCUGGAGGCGUAUCUUGAUUUGACUCUGUCAGAUGUGCGGCUGGUGGCGCUGGAGAGCGUGGACGUGGGGUGCGCGUGCGUGGCGUGCGCACGUGCAGAGCUAGGGCUGCCGGCGUGGCCGGGCUGGCUGGCCGCCCGCGCCGCCCGGGACCACCCCGCCGUCGCCCCCAUCGCGCGCCUACUGCACAGGAUGAUGCAAAUGGUGAAGUCUCGGGAGACCCCAGCAGACUCAGAAGCCGAUCAGGGGUACAGCAGCGCUCGUACGUCUCCUAACCUCACACCAUGCACGUCUCCAUAUCAAGUGUCGCCAGCAUCCAGCACUUGCAGCACCAGCUACCUCAACGAUUACCGUCAACGCCCCGUAGAAGCUGAAACGACAUACUCAGUGCUGGACUUGAACGACAGCGCGCCAACUGUGCAGACUUACUACCCGUUACAAUUACCCACUAAUACAACGUGCCAGAGGGUCAAUAACCCCACAGAAUACAGGUAUUGUAGAUCUAGUAGAUUAAUAGAUGAUAAUUUAGGUACGGUACAACCGUCUAGCAGUACGGCUGUGAAACGUGGCUUAGACACGAACGUAGAAAUAGAUAGCAAGAGGUAUAGACUCGCCAAUCAGAUGUCUCAAGUUGUUCUAUGAUAAUCUAGUCGUAUAACGCAAGGGUGGAUCCAGUGCUUUCCAGGGAGUACAGACUGAAUUUAAAGUAAAAGAUUUAUCUGCUAUGGCAACAUAUUGUUUCUAUCAUAAUACUUGUAAGCUUUUU